AUGCACCUUUUAAUAUUCGCGGUGUUGGCCACGUCCUCCCUCGCCUGGGCCGAGACCGGCGAGAAGCAAGCUCGUCAAGCUGGUUCAGGUUCUGCGGCAUGGGACGCUGCCUACUCCCAGGCAAGCACUGCUCUCUCCAAGCUAUCACAACAAGACAAGGUCAACAUCGUCACCGGAGUCGGUUGGAACAAGGGCCCCUGUGUUGGUAACACCCCAGCAAUUGGAUCCAUCGGCUAUCCUCAGCUGUGUCUACAAGACGGCCCUCUUGGCAUUCGGCUUGCAGGAAGUGUCACCGCGUUCACACCCGGUAUCCAAGCCGCUUCAACAUGGGAUGUCGAACUGAUUCGACAGCGCGGCAUCUACCUCGGUGCGGAAGCUAAAGGCGUUGGCGUACAUGUCCUUCUCGGACCCGUCGCCGGACCACUUGGCAAGAUCCCCAAUGGUGGACGUAACUGGGAGGGUUUUGGUCCGGAUCCCUAUCUCACAGGUAUUGCAAUGAGCGAGACCAUUGAAGGGAUCCAGAGCAAUGGUGUCCAAGCUUGCGCCAAGCACUUCAUCCUCAACGAGCAGGAGACGAACCGCGAGACUAUCAGCAGUGUCGUCGACGACCGCACAAUGCAUGAGCUCUACCUCUUCCCUUUCGCUGAUGCUGUACACUCAAACGUUGCAAGCGUGAUGUGCAGCUAUAACAAGGUCAAUGGCACGUGGGCAUGCGAGACUGACAAGAUCCUAAAUGGCCUUCUAAAGAAGGAGCUGGGCUUCAAAGGAUAUGUCAUGAGUGACUGGAACGCCCAGCACACCACGAACGGCGCUGCAAACAGUGGUAUGGACAUGACAAUGCCUGGCAGCGACUUCAAUGGCAAGACGAUCCUGUGGGGACCACAGCUCAACACCGCCGUCAACAAUGGCCAGGUCUCCAAAGCAAGACUGGACGACAUGGCCAAGCGCAUUCUUGCAUCGUGGUAUCUGCUCAAGCAGAACUCAGGCUACCCGGCCACCAACCUCAAGGCCAAUGUCCAAGGGAACCACAAAGAGAACGUUCGCGCAGUGGCAAGAGAUGGUAUUGUUCUGCUCAAGAACGACGACAACAUCCUACCGCUCAAGAAGCCCAGCAAGCUGGCAGUCAUCGGGUCAUCUUCCGUCGUAAACCCGGCCGGAAUCAACGCCUGCGCCGAUCGUGGAUGCAACACCGGUGCGCUCGGCAUGGGCUGGGGCUCUGGCACAGCCGAGUACCCCUACUUCGUAGCACCCUACGAUGCUCUCAAGACCCGGGCACAGUCCGACGGAACCACCAUCAACCUUCUCAGCUCCGACAGCACCAGCGGCGUAGCCAACGCUGCCUCCGGAGCAGAUGCCGCACUAGUCUUCAUCACCGCCGACUCCGGCGAAGGCUACACCACCGUCGAAGGCGUGACCGGCGACCGUCCAAACCUCGACCCCUGGCACAACGGCAACCAGCUAGUCCAAGCCGUGGCGCAAGCCAACAAGAACACCAUCGUCGUCGUCCAUAGCACCGGCCCCAUCAUCCUGGAGACCAUCCUCGCACAGCCGGGCGUCAAGGCCGUCGUGUGGGCCGGUCUUCCCAGCCAGGAGAACGGCAACGCCCUCGUCGAUGUCCUGUACGGCUUGGUCUCUCCGUCGGGUAAGCUGCCGUAUACCAUCGCCAGGAGCGAAAGCGACUACGGCACUGCAGUGCAAAGGGGAGGAACGGAUCAGUUCGCUGAGGGUCUGUUUAUCGAUUACCGCCACUUUGAUAAGAAUGGCAUCGCUCCCCGGUAUGAAUUUGGUUUUGGUCUUUCCUACACAAACUUCACCUACUCCUCCCUCUCCAUCACCUCCACCGCCUCCUCCGGUCCCGCCUCGGGCGACACCAUCCCCGGCGGCCGCUCCGACCUCUGGGAGACCGUCGCGACCGUCACCGCCGUCGUCAAAAAUACCGGCGGUGUGCAGGGCGCUGAGGUGCCUCAGCUGUACAUCACGUUGCCGUCUUCGGCGCCGUCGAACCCGCCCAAACAGUUGAGAGGGUUCACGAAGCUGAAGCUCGCGCCGGGGGAGACCGGCGUGGUCGGUAGUCAAGAGUGGAGUUGA